UAGUUAUAAAAAAAAGUUCCCCAAAAACGUCGAUACUGUGUUGAAGACGAGCAGCUGCUGAACCCAGCUAUCAAAAGCGUAUUCUCCGUAGUGUAAAUGUAACCGACUGAGUAGGCAUAGUUAUAUAGCUCCUGUCACCCAAUGGCAGGCCUUCAAUGUGUUAAGAAAAUAAUUGGAUAGGAUCGUUCUGAUCCGGAUACCACAAUAUCAAGGUCACAGAAUCCAGAUGUUCAGUGCUUUGAACAGACCUACACCUCGCCAUCUACUGGACAGAUGGAUACAAUAUACAACCUUCUCCAGCAGCACAGACUGGACACCUACCACCACAAAUUCCUCACUUUGGGUGUCCAAGACGAGAGAGAUUUCACCGAUAGUGUAAAUGGUGAAGAUUUAGACAAAAUGGGUUUCAGUCAAGUAGAGAAGAAUCGCUUUGAAAAAAUGAAAGAUUUCAUCCAAAGACACAGAGCGCCACAGCAAGCGAUGCCUGUACAAAAACCAAUGGAGUCUUUCCAACUGUGGUACACAUACCCCCACUGUCCUGAGCUAAAAGAGAUCAGAGACAUGGAUCCUGCUACCAACACCGUUGAAGACCUGAUGCUAAGGAUCUGCCACCAAGAGGGCAUUGAGAACUCUAAAACUGUGUGCCUCUACACAGUUGAUGGAAUGCCUCUAACUGAUGAUCCUUUCUUCAACACAUGGUCUUUGAAAGACAGGCACAUUGAAAUUGGAAGUGAGCUCUAUGCCAUGUUUACACCCAAGGAGAACUUGAGACCAGCCCUGCUAGUGACACUACAAGAAAUGACUGACAUGACAGGAGAGGAUAAUGUUCGAUGCCACAUCAUGCUCAAGGGAGACUUUGAGGUCAAGGUGGACUUGGCAAGUGACACAUUACGAGAUCUGAGACAGAAGCUCUCUGAUGAAAGUGGAAUCCCAGCACAUGUCCUCCAUUAUAAAUGUGAACGAUGUGGAGUUGGACAGACUUUGCUAGAUUGUGGAAUCAAUGAGGAGUCAACUGUGGUCUUUUCUCUGUCCUCCUUCCCUGAUGAGCGUCCAGACACUAUGGAAUUCUACUUCAAUGAUGUCGUACCCUCAGUGCAACAAUCCCAGAAAGGACUCAGUGCUUUCUUUUCUUCACUUUAUGCCAUUAACAAUAGAGAACACCGUUCUGGAGAUGUAUUAAGCAAAGUGAUUGCAUACAUCCGAAAGCUCAGUGGGUGCAAUCCUUUGGCCCAAAGUCUGCAUCAGCUGUUGUAUAGAAAUGAGGUUGGAACAAGGACCCAGAAGGUUGCUAUCGUUGAAGGAUUGUACAAUCUCUUCAGAGAGCUGUUGCCAAGCUUCCACAAAAGAAGAGGUGACAAAAUCAUUGAAGACUCAGAUGUUUUUGAGAAUGCACCAGUGUGCUGGGCCUACCUGUUAUCUGAAGCAAAGAAAGAGAGUUCACAACAUGAGGUCUAUGUACCAAUAGUCUUGAACUCUCAACCUGGAGAACGUUUCUGCGACCCAGUUCGAGUACCUGGGUUACCAGAUGUCUUUGAGAGAGAGUAUGUUCUGCAGAAAAUCAAAGAUGGAGAGAAAAUCCCAAACUGCUCUGUGGAGAUCCUGACAGAUACUUCAAUGUCUAGAGCCUCUGAUGUUGAAAAGAUUUUGCUCAGUCUGCCUCCAUUCAUCAAAACAUUCCCUAAGUGGGCUUCAUCUGGACUUGUGACUGGCCAAAAUUUUCAGAUUGUUCUCGAUGACACAUUUGCCAAGAUGAACGAAGAAGUGAAAGAAUACGUUAAUCUGACAGUGACUCCAGCAUUACAGUUGAAGGAUGUUGGAGUAUAUGGGCCACGUCUCGUCUUCUUG